AUGGCCGCAGCGAGCAGCUCCGGCAAAGUGCGACUGACGACGCUUCUCCUCCGCCUGCUCGGCCUCCUCUCCUCCGCGAGCUGCUCCGCUCAGGUGCCCCUGCUGCUGUGGUCCAGCGACAGCCUUCCACCGCUGGCCUCACCUGCAGCUGGUCACAUCACAUCCAAUGACCAGUUGUCCGCGUACCUCGCGGCUGCGUUGGGCUCUGGCCCUCACACUGUGCUGCUGUUCCUGCAGGACAAGUUGAGCAAAGAUGACUUCACAGUCUUUGGUGGCGUGUUUGGAAACAAACAGGACAGUGUCUUUCACAACCUGGAGGCUGCUCUUCAGUCCUCUGCGUCGUCGAUCACGGUUCCAGCCUUAGAGUGGACGGGCGCCUCUUCCUUCCCGGCUCUGUUUCAGGAAACACUCGGAGUGUCGCCUGUGCUCGUAGAUGCUGAGACUCUCUCACAUCUGACCAUCAACACAUCCGUCAACAACUUACUGCUCAUCAAUCUUCCUUAUUGUACCGGAUCACACAAGUCUUGUAAGGAAGUCCUGCACGACAAUGAUGAGAUCAUUGGAAACGUUCUUAGUGUCGUGAAAGAAAAAAAUGUUCCGUACACUGCGAUAUACACGGGACUCCAGCCGUCACGAGUCAUUUCAGAGGCGUCUGUGUCGGACCAGUCCGUGAGCCGCUCCUUGCUCCAGGCGGUUGAGGCUGAUGUCAAAGCGCCGAUCAUGUUUAAUCAAUCUGGAAACCCCUGCAUCAUGCUUUGGGCUCAGAAUCUCUUUGUGAGCCACGAAAGCCCCUCAAAGUGGAUCGACCUCGCUGAAGAAACACCCUCCUUGGCAGGGUCCAUGUGUAACAACACUAACUCACUGCUUGUCCUCACUUAUCCAUCUGGCUCCAUAUUAAGUUUUUCCAUGAGUCAGCGCCACUAUCCUGUGUCUGGACGGAACUGGUUCACCCUGGACUCUGUGCAGCUGCAGUCCAACUCUCAAACUGCGUCUUUCGUCGGGGGACGCGGCAUCUAUGCCCCCGCAGAGUACUCCUUCCACUGCCAGUCCGUCAGCAGCUUCCAGGACGCUCUGCUGGUGCCAAACAACACCAACCAGGAAACAUCCAAGUGGAGCCUCAAUUUUAUCGACUUCCAGAUUCAGGGCUUCAGGUUGGCAAACGGAACAAAUUUCUCCUACGCCAGCGACUGUGCAGGAUUCUUCACCGCAGGGAUAUGGAUGGGGCUGCUGACGUCGCUGCUCAUGCUGCUCAUUUUCGUGUACGGUCUGCACAUGAUCAUGCAGCUUAACACCAUGGAUCGAUUUGAUGACCCCAAAGGUCCAUCGAUAUCAGUGCCUCAGUCGGAGUGAAGCGCUCUUUACACACACGCACCCACACACACGCACGCACACGCUCCUCAGUGCCUCCUGAUGUUGGGUUUUGGAGUCAGUCUGUGUGAUUUAGCUUUUGUAUGUGUGGAGCUUUUUACUUUGAAGGUAUUUGUCAGACAGAUCAUAUUACACUGACGUCCUCUCGUUACUUUUCCUUCCUGAAUCCUUCCUCAGAUGUAUUUGUUCCAGCGUUAUCCCACAAGGCACAUUCCGCUUCAUUUCCCUACGUGUACAAGUGCCAAGAUGGAUGCGACCUUUCUUUCUCCACAUGAGCUAAUUCAGAGUGCGUGUGCUAAAUGAAGUCUUCGUGCCAGAAACGCUGCAUGUUUCCCCUAAAGAUAAAGACUAGUUGCACUCUUAACUUGCAAGUGCCAAUGUGAAUGUCUUUGCCGGAAGCCGUAGGAACUUUUCAGACCUCAAUUCUUACUCUUGUCUUUAUUUUUCCAACUCGUCUGUAAUGGAAAGACUACUGCUAAUGAAAGAAGUGCCUGUGUGUAUAUAAUGUGUUUGUGAAAUGUGUGAAAUUCCCGAAAUGUGGCUGUUUUGAAAUGGCCCCUGGCUGAAAUGCUUCCUCUUGGGUUUAGUUUCACUUAUGGUUGAAUCGCAGACUUGCGCCACUUCAAUCUCGUGUUUUAUCGACAGCUGAAUUAUUUAUAUGAAACUACUUUAUGUGCUUUCGCUGCCCUUAAAGUUUGCUUCAGGUUCAUUGAUUAAUUUAACAACGGUGCCUCAGUUCUGCUUUUGUCAAAUUCAUAGAGUACUGUACAAUGACUUUAAUUGCAAAUAAAGAGAUCUAUUAAUUGUAAAUGA